GUUGAGGUACAUGAGCACAGUGCUGAAGUGAAAUGUAAGCAGCAAGAAGGAAAUGUGUGUUCACAUACUCUACAUAUGACACAUGAGCAAUAAUUAUGAGUCUUCCUGGGGCUGAGAAACGUGGCCUUUCAGUGGGAAUUACAGCAACGGCACUCCACUGAAUGUGUCACAAAGGUGUCAGCUGAGGUGCACGGAGAGCAGAGGGGUGUUUGAGGGAAGAGAUCGAGCAGAAAGAAAUGCAUUUCAACCACACAACUCCACAUAUUUCACCCACAAACCCCAAACCUGGAUUUCCUGGUUACUAUGCACUCAUCCCCUUUGUACUACUUACUUUGAUUGGAUGUAUAGUGGCAAUGGUUAUUUAUAUCAGGAGGAGAUCAAGAUUAGACGAACUGCGCCACAGGCUGAUUCCUCUGUACAGCUAUGACCCAGCAGAGGAACAAGACAACUGGGGGGACUCUGGCAAGGAGAACGAGGAGGAGGAGCUGGCUGAACCUUUGUACAAGGAGGGAAGGCUGUCCUUUUCAUCCGACUAUGGGAUAUGAGCAAAAAUGAAGAAAGAAAGAUCAACAUUCCUAAUUAGAGGAAGAAAACUUCCUUUAUUUUUUUGUAUUGCAGAUGCUAUUCAAAUAUA